AUGGGCUCGCUCGACAGCACCAUCCAACCCGACUCGCCCGUCCCAAUCGUCGACUUCGGGCCCUUCUACACGGGCGAUGAGGCCGCGAAGAAGGCGGUGGCCAACCAGCUCGACAACGCCCUAUCGACGGUCGGCUUCGUCUACCUCAAGAACCACGGCGUCCCGAAAGAGCGGGUCGACGCGGCGUUUGAGUGGUCCCGACAAUUCUUCGCCCUCCCCCCAUCCACCAAGUCCCUCGCCCCGCACCCGCCGGGCGGGUCGCACCACCGCGGCUACUCGGCGCCGGGCGUGGAAAAGGUGUCGCAGCACGUCUUCGACGACGCGGCCGCCAUCGCCGCGCUCCGCCGCGUGCCCGACUACAAGGAGAGCUACGAGACGGGCAACGAGGCCGACGCGCGCCAGCCCAACAUCUGGCUGCCCGACGACGCGCUGCCGGGGUUCCGGGCGUUUUUGCAGUCCUUUUUCCGCGACUGCGACGGCGUGGUUCACGCGCUGCUGCGCGCGCUGGCGCUGGGGCUGGGCCUGCCGCGCGAGGAGUGGCUGUCGGAGAGGCAUUCGGCGAGUGCGUUUCAGCUGCGGUUGUUGCAUUAUCCGCCGGUGCCGGUGAGGGCGUUGACGGGGGGAGAAGGGAGUGGAGGCGGAGGCGGGGACGAGGGAUCAGAGGGGGGCGAGGAGGGGCGGGAGAGGGGGGAAGGGAAGGCGACGACGUCCCGCAUCGGUGCGCAUUCCGACUUCGGGUCGCUGACGAUCCUGUUCCAAGACGCCGUCGGCGGGCUCGAGGUCGAGGACCCCAGCCGGCCGGGCUCGUUCCGCCCCGCGCCGCCGGUUGAGGGGACGUUGUUGGUCAAUGUCGGCGAUCUGCUGGAGCGCUGGAGCAAUGGGAGGUGGAGGAGUACCGUGCAUCGGGUUGGCGCGCCGCCCGUGCAGCGGCUGCGGGAAGCUGGGGCGGUGGUGGAGGCUGAAGGUGGAGGGGAGGAGAUGUGCAGGGCGAGGUAUUCGAUCCCGUUUUUUAGUGCGCCGAAUGAUGAUGCCGUCAUUGAGGCACUGCCGGGAUGCUGGGAUGAGCGGGCGAAUCCGAAGAAGUAUGAGCCGGUGACGGCCGAGCAGUAUGUGACCAUGAGGAUGGAGGCGCUGUAUUCCUAG